UGGAUCAAGGGAGGAUCAUCAUCAAGAAGAGGGUUAAGAAAGGGUGAGAAAGGAAAAGGGGUUUGUUCUGGUCUGUGUUCGAGCUCAGAGUGUCAUCGAAGAUGUUCAUUGAAAGCUUCAAGGUUGAGAGCCCUAACGUUAAGUACAUAGAGAAUGAGAUCCAUUCUGUGUAUAGCUAUGAGACUACUGAGCUUGUUCACGAGAACAGGAAUGGUACCUAUCAAUGGAUCGUCAAGCCUAAGACCGUUCAAUACGAGUUCAAGACUGAAACUCGUCUUCCUAAACUAGGGGUUAUGCUUGUGGGUUGGGGAGGAAACAAUGGUGCUACUCUUACUGGUGGUGUCAUCGCUAAUCGAGAAGGAAUCUCAUGGGCUACCAAAGAUAAAGUACAGCAAGCCAACUACUUUGGUUCGCUCACCCAGGCUUCAACCAUUCGAGUCGGAUCUUUUCAUGGGGAAGAGAUUUAUGCUCCUUUCAAGAGCUUGCUCCCAAUGGUGAACCCUGAUGACAUUGUUUUUGGGGGUUGGGACAUAAGUGACAUGAACCUGGCGGAUGCCAUGGCCAGGGCUAAGGUCUUUGACAUCGAUCUGCAGAGGCAAUUGAGGCCUUACAUGGAAUCCAUGGUUCCACUUCCCGGAAUCUAUGACUCUGAUUUCAUUGCUGCCAACCAAGACUCCCGUGCCAACAACGUCCUCAAGGGUACCAAGAAAGAGCAGGUUCAACAAAUCAUGAAGGACAUCAGGGACUUCAAGGAAACUAAAAAGGUGGACAAGGUAGUGGUUCUUUGGACUGCGAACACGGAGAGAUACAGCAAUGUAGAUGUGGGGUUAAAUGAUACCAUGGAGAAUUUGCUAGCUGCGUUGGAGAGGAACGAGGUGGAGAUGUCUCCAUCUACCUUGUACGCAAUAGCCUGUGUCCUUGAGAACAUCCCUUUCAUCAAUGGAAGCCCACAGAACACCUUCGUUCCAGGGCUGAUUGAUUUGGCCAUAAGGAGGAACAGUUUGAUCGGUGGGGACGACUUCAAGAGUGGCCAGACCAAGAUGAAAUCUGUCUUGGUCGAUUUCCUUGUGGGAGCUGGAAUCAAGCCGACAUCAAUAGUAAGUUACAACCAUCUGGGCAACAACGACGGCAUGAAUCUCUCGGCACCCCAGACCUUCAGAUCGAAGGAGAUCUCAAAGAGUAAUGUAGUGGACGAUAUGGUGUCCAGUAAUGGCAUUCUCUACGAGCCAGGCGAGCACCCAGAUCACGUUGUCGUGAUCAAGUAUGUACCAUACGUUGGAGAUAGCAAGAGGGCAAUGGACGAGUAUACAUCGGAGAUAUUCAUGGGAGGGAAGAGCACCAUAGUCCUCCACAACACUUGUGAGGACUCCUUGUUGGCUGCUCCCAUCAUCUUGGACUUGGUCCUCUUAGCCGAGCUCAGUUCUCGGAUCCAACUCAAAGCAGAGGGACAGGGCAAGUUCCACUCUUUCCACCCUGUGGCUACCAUUCUGAGCUACCUCACUAAAGCUCCACUGGUCCCGCCUGGUACUCCAGUGGUGAAUGCAUUGGCGAAGCAGAGGGCAAUGCUUGAGAACAUAAUGAGGGCUUGUAUUGGAUUGGCUCCGGAGAACAACAUGAUCUUGGAAUACAAGUGAAGUGAGAAGACCAGUGAAGAUCAUCAGAAUUCAAAAGCCCCCUGUUUUGUCUGUUUCACUUUUCUUUUUUAAUUUUCAUCUUUAAGAAAUGUUAAAGAGAAAGUUCGAUGUUUGAGGAAGAUGGAGGCUUUCUGUUUGGUCUUUUGAGCUUCUUCAUUUCCUCGUUUUUGUUCUCUGUUUCAUCCCCACAGUAGUAAGUUUCAUUCCAUUGCCGUGAAAGAAGAAGGGAGAAGAUAAAGGACUCGUCGGUGUUAUGCAGGUUUUUGUUUUCUUGUUGUGGCUUUGGGGCAUUUUGGUUCAGGCCUUCUACUACUAAGUGAAGUAACUGUAAUAGUGAAUCAGCAGUGAUUGAAAAAGUGAAAUCUAGAAUUGUGUAAUAAUAGUUAUUGCAAAUUAAUUAACUCUAGCAGUCUUCACUCUUUUUCUUUUUCUCUGCUCUGCAACUCUGCAACUGAAAUCUAGAUAUUUGUCAGGAAAAUAUCUUUGAAUUUGCUUCAAUGCGUUGGAAAGCUUCUCCAUUGAGGGUCGA